UGAUAUUUAACAAAUUUAUUGUAUACCAGUAAAAUAAUAAGGAUCAAAGUCAAAUGACGUUCUAAAAGUUUUAAUUAUGUGUCGAAAGAUGGCAAUAAUUUACUGUGGCUACCAAGUUUUCUUUGACAAUCCACCUCUAUUUCAAAUUCUCUUUGAUUUUAUGGAGUUAAUAAGUUCAUACGGCUGCUGCUAGCAUACAUUCCAUAAAAUUACAUGAGUUUGUGACAAUCAGAUCAGCGCCAUUUCUCCCCCCACCAACUUCGCACCUUGCCAAUGCCUACAAUAGAAACAAUAAAAUUACAUUUGUUAAUUUAUAACAGAUAUAUAUGAUAUAGUAUCUACUUAUGAAAGCCCCAUUGCAUAACUUCAAGGCGACCGGGGUAGCUGGUUUGGUCAGUCAAAUUCGAUUUUUGUUGAUUCAAAAUUGUCAUUCCAACGUUCGUUCGUUCGUUCGUGUUUGUUGUUCUUUAGUUCGAUUUUUGUAAAUAGUAUGUAAACCUCUGUUGUGUACAAUAAAGUGAUUAGUGAUUACGACUUACUACUAAUUCUUCUUUUAAUGCUGGGAUCAUAUCUACUUCAGAAAGUAAUUGUUGCAAGAAAAUGGCUCCAUGGGCUCCUAUUUACUUCUGGUCCGAGUAUUGUCAUGGAGUUACACACCUACUUAUUUAGAUUUUGAAUAGACGUCUUGUUACGCAAUUUUUACUUUCUGGAAAAUAUCCUUUAAUAAAGAAACAGGGGCGCUUAAGUACAUUGAGCUACAUAGCUUGACCGUAUCGUCUCUACGUAAACUGGUGUUGCGCAAAGCAACCAAAAUGACGAAAGAAAGUGAACGCAAACAGCGUCAGUACGCCCGGCAUGGCAGUCUAGUCGGACGCCAUCGCCUCGACACUCGUUCCAUGACAGCCAAAAACGCGCGACUUUUAAAAUUCGAACGCCGAAUUUGAAAAAGUGUUUUGUUUUUUUUAAGUGACACAGACUAUAAAUAACAAAUUAUAAAUAUGGAUUUACAAAGUGAGGCGAGUCAGGAAACGAGAAUUUUAAUUCCUAGACAUGUGAGUGCUGAGAAAGCACUUGCUUCGAACAAUGCAGUGAAUACGACGUUCUUGUGCCAUAGCUACACUCUUCAACCUGAUUUCAGAACGUAUGUGGAAGCACUGCAAGUAUACGGCUGGGUGUUAUGGUCGUCCGCUCUGCUAUGUGUGUGCUGUGUGUGUGCAUUGUACGCGUUCAACCUGCGCUCCGCGCUACGGCACUGGCGAAGCGCGUUCUGCCAUGCCGCCGUGGUGCUAGCCGUGUAUCCUGUGGUAUCGCUGUCAGCAUUCUUCGCGCUUGUGGUACCACGAGCACAGCUACUGUCAGAGGCGCUGUCACAAGAAGCUGUGAUGCUGGGGCUGUACCACUUCUACUGCCUCGUGGUCGCCGAGUGCGGCGGCCCAGAGCUGAUCGUCAGACGAUCCGAAGGCGCACAGCUCGAGACGCGGGUGCUGCCUUGCUGCUUCUGGCCUUGUUGCGUCAUCCCUCGGCCAAAACUACAACCGAAGCAUUUCAAAUGGCUGCAGUACCUGCUGCUGCAAGUACCGAUCAUACAGGGCCUGAUCUACAUCGUCAUACUGAUAUUAAGAUCUGAGGACCUCAGCAUCUACCUGAAAAACUACAUGUACUUCCAACCACUGGUGGCAGCCUCCAUCCUCUCCGGUAUUUGGGGCAUCAUGAUGUGUCUGCGAGCUGCUGAAGCUACGGGCGGCAGGCCGAGGCCCCGCUUCUUGGCUCUACAGUUCGUUCUUAUCAUUGUGAAGGUUCAGUGCGGACUCGCUAAGAUCAUCCCAACGACAGCACACCUGCCUUGCCUACUGGCGUUGAACCCAGCUGUGGUCUCUGAUUUAAUCCACAACACAAUCACGAUAUUGGAAAUGAUGCUGCUCUCUAUUUGGGCGUGGAAACUCUACAAGGUGCCGCCAGGCAAGAUUUUAGAGAAGGAGAAUAUUAUUACCACCGAAUAGACCACAUCUAAUGUUAACAUUUUUUCAGUUACAUUCAAAGGAGAGGUCUACUUGACAGCUUAAUCCUAACGAGUAAGCUUGUUUUUGUAAAAUGACAUUACAACUCUCAAGGCCUGGAAAUAACUCUCGAAGUGGAUUAGCUUUACGUAGGGAUAGUAGCGGAAUAGACUACGCGUCAAAAGUAUCUAUCAUUGUCUACAUAAACAGCUUUACUAAAUGCGAUGAGGUCAGCCAGGGCAAUUGUAACUGUGGGUUAAUUGCAACUAUGGGACAGUUGAAACUAUGGGGCAAAUGCACUCUUAAGAAGUGACUAUAAUGAGAAUUAUAAUGAGAAUUACUGAUGAAAGUAUAUCAUGAAUACAGAGGCUAGCUCAUUACUUCUUGUAUUUUUAGAGUAAAUAGUUGCAUUGGCCCCAUUGUUGCAAUUGCCCUGGGUGGUGGUGGGUGGUAUGUUAUGUCUCUAUAAUACUGGGUGAAUUUGGGGUUAUGAUCAUGAUCCCGAAUGUCAAAAAUGUAUUAUGAUGGUCAUACUGGAUAAGGUUGUAUUCCGGGGUGGCAGAUGCUUUUGGCGCGUUGUUUCAUUCGCUACUACAGAUGCUGACUGUCCAACGUGGACUGUCUGAAAUUUCAGCAUCGAACGAAUUCGCUGGGAGCAUUAUAGGCCUUCCUGUAAUGGAAAACUAGACCUUCUUGAGAUUAGGCUUGAUCAAGGGAGCGAGCGGCUUAACUGAAAGAUCAAAAGUCGCACAAAUACCUCUAAUGAAGGAUAACUUACUUUACGCAAUAAUGUGCCCGAACAAACUAUCGAAUUGUACGUACCGUAAGUGUAGUUCUAAGAAGAUACAGUUGCCAGUAGACUACGGUAAUCGCUUACCUUCAGACGGGAAAUCAUAAUUAUGCUAAAGCGUUGUACCAAGGAGAAGUUUCCGAAAUUGCCAAAUUCACCACAAAUAUCAUUUUAUGUCUUUCUUCUUCGUGUCUGUUACCUUCCGUGAUUCUUGUCACUUGAUGGUCUCAUCGAAAGAUCAGCGCUGGAAGCCACCAGCAAGAUGCUGAGAUGAGGCCGUUUCGUGGCACUUCAUACUUUCUAUGUUUUUGUAAUAUACAUAAUCUAAUAAGUAUGUCCUGUUUGUCUUUACGAAAAAAUCAUUACGAAUAAAUUUUGCAAACAUAUCAAGGCCUUAAUAAAUACAGGCUUUAUUAGAUAUUUAUUUUGCUUCUAAUUAAACUAAGCAAGAGCUAGGCAGAUAACGAAAUUUCAUUUUUUGCGGUAAGGCCUCUGGACGUUGACUGGUAAAUGGUAAUAUCCAAAUUUGUCGCACAAUAAUAUGCGACUAACAUUUAUUGAGUAAUGUGAGCCAUUCUUAAAAAUAGUAUUUCGAUAAGUACACUAGUUUUAAGUUAAUUCGGAAACUAUAGAUCUGAGUUAGUUAAGUUUUUAGGUCAGUUCUAAUGGCCAUACAUAUUUGGUUUUGGUUAAUACAUGGUUUCUAUUGAUCGUAGAACGACUGAGCAAUUUUACAACUCUGAUAUUGUAUAUUUGUAUCAUUUUUAGGGUUCCGUAGCCAAAUGGCAAAAAACGGAACCCUUAUAUAUUCGUCAUGUCCGUCUGUCUGUCCGAUUCUGUCACAGCCACUUUUUUCCGAAACUAUAAAAGCUAUACUGUUCAAACUUGGUAAGUAGAUGUAUCCUAUGAGCCGCAUUAUGAUGUUUACACAAAAAUAGAAAAACAACAAUAAAUUUUGGGGGUUCCCCAUACUUAGAACUGAAACUCAAAAAAUCUUUUUUCAUCAAACCCAUACGUGUGGGGUAUCUAUGGAUAGGUCUUUAAAAAUGAUAUUGAGGUUUCUAAUAUAAUUUUUUUCUAAACUGAAUAGUUUGCGCGAGAGACACUUCCAAAGUGGUAAAAAGUGUGUCCCCCCCCCCCCCCCGUAACUUCUAAAAUAACAGAAUGAAAAAUCUAAAAAAAAUAUAUGAUAUACAUUGCCAUGCAAACUUCCACCGAAAAUUGGUUCGAACGAGAUCUAGUAAGUAGUUUUUUUUUAAUACGUCAUAAAAAUUUAAAAAAAAAUUUUUUUUCAUCAAACCCAUACGUGUGGGGUAUCUAGGGAUAGGUCUUCAAAAAUGAUAUUUAGGUUUCUAAUAUCAUUUUUUUCUAAACUGAAUAGUUUGCGCGAGAGACACUUUCCAAAGUGAAAAAAUGUGUGUCCCCCCCC